UGCAACGACUCCCGGAAAGGGAAGAAAACACAGUCAGCUGACUCCGCUUCGUGUUUUGAUGAGUAGUUUUUGACAGUUUAAAGGCAGUCGUUUAGUCAUAAAAAUAUAUAUUUAUUAUUUGUCAGUAUUAUAUGUUUGUGACUUAUUAGCUAUGUUACGACCAAAGGCGUUGACGCAGGUUCUGAGCCAGGCGAACACAAACGGAGUCCAAAGUACACUGUUACUGAACAAUGAAGGUUCACUUCUGGCCUACUCCGGGUACGGGGACACAGACGCACGAGUGACAGCCGCCAUCGCUAGCAACAUCUGGGCGGCCUACGACAAGAACGGCCACCAAGCCUUUAACGAAGACAAACUCAAAUUCAUUCUUAUGGAUUGUAUGGAGGGAAGAGUGGCCAUUACUCGUGUCGCCAACCUGCUGCUGUGUAUGUACGCCAAAGAGACAGUGGGCUUUGGAAUGCUCAAAGCAAAGGCAGAAGCCCUGGUGCAGUACCUGGAGGAACCAUUAACCCAAGUGGCAGCGUCAUAGUGAAGAUGAGACGAACGCGCCGCCUUCUGUCUGCCUGGAAAACAAGCGUCAUGUGAUCCAGGUCAUUCAUGGACUACUGUAACAUUCUGUGUACAUGCUUAUAUCUAUGAGUGAGUGAGUGAACAUGUGGAGUGGGGGGGGCAGUGUAUUUAUAAUCAUGGUAUUGAAGCUAACUUGUCUGGGGUUUUAAUGAUUCGCCCUCCCUUGUGACUCUUGUGUUCAUCUAAAGGUCUGUUCUGAACUUCCACAUAAAUUGUCUGUAGGAAGUCUGAGUGUACAUCUGCUGAGAUGAUUCCAUUACAAACUGGUCCCGUGGAUGAUUCAUUCAUUCAUUUGCAGUUUUAGUUCAGCAGAACCAAUCAAAGAGAAGCAGGAAGUUGGAACACGUUGAAUCCCAUCAGAGAACUAAAAUGGUUUGUGGAAACCUUUUUAAGAAUGUCUGUCUGAAAAAAUGCAGUAAACAUUAUUUGCUACGUUUUGUUUCAAAGCUGUCAAAUAAACAAUUUUUGGAUUAAUA